GAUCGGUGCGCCUACCUAUUACUUACUACCUGUGUACCUCCCUACCUAGGUACCCAUCCCUUUCCGCCCAGCCUGCCUGCCGUGCGCUGUAUGUUGUCUUUUUUUGGUCUCCGAUGCGAAUUGUGGUCACUUCGAUUCAUGUACUGUAUGUUUCUGUUGUCUCCUUCACCAUGGGACCUUUCGAGUAUUUCUCUCCCUUUGUUCAGCAUCAUCAUCAUCUCUGUCAUCGUGAUCGGUGGGAGGUAAUAAACUCCAUCUUUCUAUGGUUAUAUGUGUGGGGUGGAUUGUUCCUCCGUCCGUCGCCGACCCCGUAUGUUUCACCUUGGGCACAGAGGCACGUCCCGCCGCCAUCGACCAUGAUCCAUUCCUGCCACCCGGGCAUGAAUCACUAUGAUGAUUACUCUCAUUACAUACAUAUCAAGGUCAUCAACACGGCAUGCAUCAUUACCUACAAUAGGUCCCUAGCAGGUAGGGCCAUGGGUUCGCAUAGUGUUGCCAUCCAGUAACUAAUUGCACCGGCCAGUCGGUGUCUGCCUUCCCAUCCACCAUUCAUUAUUGCAUUUGAUCCACUGGUGCUAUAUGUCUAGGGUCCUAUUGUCCGGACUGUAGACUGGGGAUCCAAUAGUGUAUGUAGGUAGUCUCCGGACUGGAAACCACAGUAAUGAAAACAAUAAGACGAAGAAUUGAUGGUGGUGGGAGAGGGAUGGAACGACGCGCGCGCCAAUCCGUGCCCUCAGCACGCACCCCCCCUACUACCUAG